AUGGUACAAGAAACUAAUACGGACGAGAAAAUCGAUAAUUCGCUCUACAACGAAGCUAAGAAAGAUGACAAUAAAGAAUCAGGUUAUCAUGAUGCUAAUGGGAAAAUUCAUAAUGAAGAAGAGGUUGAAAAUAAAAUAUUUAAAGAGGAUGAUUUAGCUGAAAUGUUAUCAGCUGUAAUCGCUUCUGCUACUGCAGGUGGUAUUAGCGCGUAUGCUGUGGUAUGA